UUCGUUCAAAAUGGAAGCAGGCUCUCAGCUCUCUGUGGUGCGGAGCAGAAAGGUGCUGCUGGAUUCAGGGAUCUGCCCAGCUCACAUCAUCAUAGAAGGUAGCAAGAUUGUGGACAUAGUGCCUGAGGGAGUCACAGCACCACAGGUAACAAGUCAACAGAUUCUGGACGUUGGAGACCUCCUGGUGAUGCCUGGUGUUGUGGACAGUCAUGUCCAUGUUAAUGAACCAGGCCGCACUGAUUGGGAAGGCUACUGGACAGCAACAAGAGCAGCUGCAGCAGGUGGAAUAACAACUAUUGCUGACAUGCCACUGAACAGCAUCCCACCAACAACUACGUUAGAAAACUUCCAAACGAAACUGCAAGCCGCUAGAGACAAGUGCUUUGUUGAUACUGCAUUUUGGGGAGGUAUUGUCCCAGGCAACCAGUCUGCACUGCGCCCCAUGAUUAAGGCUGGGGUCCCAGGGUUCAAGUGUUUCCUCAUUAACAGUGGAGUGGACGAAUUCCCUCAUGUUACUGAAGCUGAUCUGCGGCCAGCCCUGUCUCAACUGCAGGGCACAGGUCGGGUGUUACUGUUCCAUGCAGAGCACGAGCUGGAACAUGUGACUCCUCGACUAAACAACCCCCAUGAUUACACAACAUUUCUGGUGACCCGACCCGAUGAGAUGGAGGUGGAAGCCAUUCGAAUAGUUAUUAAACUUUGCCUCCAGUACAGAGUUCACUGUCAUAUUGUCCAUCUUUCCACUGCGGAAGCUCUACCCAUCCUAAAUGAAGCCCGCAGAGCAGGGGCUAUGCUUACUGUUGAAACCACUCAUCAUUAUCUCUCACUGGCUGCUGAAGACAUCCCAAAAGGUGCCACACACUACAAAUGUUGCCCUCCGAUUAGGGCAAGAAGAAAUCAGGAACAGCUGUGGUCUGCACUGAAAGCUGGAAAGAUAGACAUGGUGGUCUCUGAUCAUUCUCCGUGCACUGCAGACCUUAAACUGCUGCAGUCUGGAGACUUCCUCAAAGCAUGGGGGGGAAUUUCUUCUCUGCAAUUUGGUCUUCCUCUGUUCUGGACUUCUGCUCGUCAACGAGGAUUCAGUCUUCAGGAUGUAGUGAACCUAAUGUGUAAAAACACAGCCAGGCUGUGUGGGCUGGAGAACAGGAAAGGUUCUCUUGUUGUUAGUAAGGAUGCAGACCUUGUGAUAUGGGAUCCUGACAGAGAGUUUGAGGUGAAAGAUACCUCAAUUCAUCACAAAAACAAGUUGACCCCAUAUCUUGGACGUAGACUGCAGGGAGAGGUUUUUGCUACCAUUGUCCGUGGAAAGAUUGUCUAUCUACAAGGAAAAUUCUCCGAUAAACCCCUGGGACAGCACAUUCUGAUCAAUAAUACUCAAUUAUGAACUGAAUCAAGAUUCACGUUUAUGGUCUUUCCCAAAAACACAUUAAUCAGAGCCCACCUAUCUCAUUUCAGCACAUUUGCAUCCAUUAAAUACAUACGUAGAAAUGCCUGCUAGUGAGUGUUCGUGGAUGAGCAUUUUAUAUACUUUGCAUGGUAUUUCUCUGUCUGUUAUUUUGACAUGGAAUGCUGGGAAUAACUGCUCCACCACUAUGUGAGAGUAUUAUACUCAAACAUGAAAAGUAAGAGCUGGGAAAGUCCUGCUUGUCAACCAGCCUGUCCCACAGAACUGAAUUGUUUUGUGCAUUUCAAUACAUAUACUCCCACCUCCGCCAGGAAGCCGCAUUACCUCCAGCUGGAGUGAUGGAGGAUGAAAACCAGUCAAAAUGUGGAGAAGGGAAGAGGGUAGGAAAAAAUUCUACAAUAUUUCUCUAGCCCAGAACACCAUUCCAGCCCUGAUUAAUGUGCAGGGUAACCUUUGCCGCAGCCACGAAGAAGGUCCAGCUCUCACAAAGUAAUUUAAGAAAUCAGCAUUGGUCUCACAAACCAGAAACCUGUCCCACAAUUCCGCUAUUCUCUAGGUAAAGAAGAACCUCCUAACAGCCAGCAUUAAAAAUAUCAAUUCAUUGAUGUCAGCAACACUAUCUAAUGACUGUAACAGUGGAAGUACACAAAGUGAAUAAGGAUAUCGCUCAUGUCAUGAUUAAACAUCUACUAUAAACUGUAGUUAAUGCAAUGGACUAAAUCAAUAAUCUGACUACACAUUUUGCUUAGUGGAAGCAGUCCUAAUCGGAACAUAAUUGGGGUGACCAUAGUCUGCCAGUAGCAGGAAACAGGCUCAUAACAAAUUAGCAUCACAUUUUAUACCAUGUUGUUUGAACUUCAGAUAGAAAAGAAAAUAAAUCCCUAGAAUAGCCUAUCAAUUCAUUGCUAGGGUUAACCAUCACAUUCAUUAAGUUCCCUUUUGCUAUUAUGCUUUAUACUUUGUUGUUUCACUUAAAUAACAAUCACUUCUUAUUGUAACCUGUUCUGGCAGCUCAUUCAGAAAUCAGAUUUACAAACA